AUGACGCCCCUCAAUGCUAUCCGAUUCACUGUAGUAAUUGAUCGUGCCAUCAGUUCUGGACUCCUCAUUCGGGUACUUGAACUCCAGUUUCCAGCUAAGGAAGCAGGACUGCCCGAGGGAUGUGAAAGUGCGGAUCUUCUACCAGCUCUAGCCUUUCGAAGAAAUUUCUUUGCUGCAAUUGAUAUGCUACAAGACCAAGCUGAAAAAUUGCUUGAAGAGAUGAAGCCUAAGCCAAGUUGCAUUAUUUGUGAUACUCAUAUUGCUUGGGCAGCUGAGACAGUUGAUAAGUUUCAGAUUCCAAGAAUUAUUUUUGAUAGAAUGAGUUGUUUCAGUCAAUUAUGUAUGCAUAAUUUGUACAUCAUGAAUGAUCAAAGUGAAAUCCCUGAAUCAGGGCCUUUUGUCAUCCCUGAUUUGCCAGAUAGAAUUGAGGUAACUAAAUAUGGAAGAGUUUGGUGUAUUGGACCUUUGUGUCUCUGUAACAAUGACAAUCUAGAUAAAGCUCAGAGAGGGAAUAAGACGUCAUUUGACAAGGAGGACAGUUUAAAUAAAUGGCUUGAUUCUUGGCAGCCUGAGUCUGUUGUUUAUGCAUGUCUUGGGAGUCUCGACUGUAUUACAAUUGUACAAUUUGUGGAGCUAGCUUUAGGCCUGGAAGAAUCAGGUUGUCCAUUCAUUUUAGUCAUAAAAACAGGGGAAGGACAAGCACCAAUAGAGGAGUGGAUAUCGAAAAAUGGAUUUGAGGAAAGAACAAAAGAAAGAGGGCUUUUGAUACGCGGAUGGUCACCACAAGUAGUAAUUCUAUCACACCCUGCAGUUGGUGGGUUCUUGACUCAUUGUGGUUGGAAUUCAACUGUUGAAGGGAUUAGUGCUGGUGUACCUUUGAUCACAUGGCCUUUAUUCGCCGAGCAGUUUCUUAAUGAGAAGUUAUUAGAACAUGUAUUGAAUAUAGCUGUGGGUGUUGGAUCUCAGGCAAUUGUGCAUUUGGGGGAAGAAGAGAAGUUUGGAGCCCAAGUGAGCAACAAUGCAGUGACGGAUGCCAUUAAAAAGGUGAUGGACAAGGAGAAAGAAGGAAAAAAGAUUAGAAAAAGAGCUAGGGAGCUUGGAGAAAUGGCAAAAAGAGCUGUAGAAGAUGGUGGAUCUUCUCAUCUCAAUGUCAUGCUUUUAAUCAAGGAAAUACAAGAAUUCCAACUGAACCAAUCAGCUAAAACUGCACUUGUUUGAUUAGAAAAUGUUACGAUUGUUAUUUCUGUUUCAUGUUU